GCUGGAGCUCUGCAGUGGGUUUAUUAUUGCUGAGAGAGAGAGGGAGAGAGGGAGAGAUGAUAUCUGAAGUGUUUUCUCUCACAACAGCUAAAUAUCUACAUCAGAAUAUUUAUUAAGAGGCUCUAAGACAGACCUGAGGGGACACUUUUACUGUCCAAACUCAAGUUUUAUUAUAAACAGAGAAGAUGAAUGAUAUUAAAGUUGCUGUUCUUGGAGGAGAAGGAGUCGGGAAAUCAGCCCUCAUUGUGCGAUUUCUAACCAGGAGGUUUAUUGGAGAGUACGCCUCAUCAUCAGAGUGUAUAUACAGAAAACGUAUGCCUGUUGAUGGAAGGCAGCUGAAUCUGGAACUUUAUGACCCAUGUUCCCAGCCGUCUGAAGGAAAGUCCACUCUGAAUGAGCAGAUCCACUGGGCUGAUGGCUUUGUGGUGGUGUACGACAUUAGCGACCGCUCCUCUUUCAUCACCGCUACAGCCAUCGUGCACCUGAUCCGAGAGCUCAACCUGGGAGCAGCCAAAAGGGAAUCUGAGUCGGUGGUGUUCUUGGUGGGCAAUAAACAAGACCUGUGCCACAUGCGUGAGGUGGGCAAGGAGGAAGGUCAGAGGUUGGCGACAGAGGUGCGCUGCCAGUUCUACGAGCUCUCCGCUGCCGAGUGCUACCAGGAGGUGGCACUCAUGUUCACAAAGUUGGUGCGCAACACCAGCCUAAGUGGAAAAGCUAAAGAACGUCGACGCCGGCCCAGCGGCUCUAAGUCCAUGGCUAAACUGAUCAACAAUGUAUUCGGCAAGCGGCGGAAAUCAGUGUGAGCAAAUUCCAAAGGAAGAAGAGACAUACGUUUAACACUUCUGGUGCCAUGAUCAUAAGAGAUGCACUUAACUUCUUACUGGAGCGCAAAGAAGAUCAAAGAUCAACAUGGUUAUUUCUGCCUACUGCAUGCAAUUAUCUUUAAAAUGUCGCAUCCAGAUGAUAGCAGUAGCAUGUUUUGGGGUGACCAUUUUUGGGUGGCAUUAUUUUCUGUUUGCCAUAAAUGUCCCAACUGUGCACUCUAAACGCUGGCUAAUACAUAAAAUUGGCAAAUAUAGUAUGCCACAUUUCAUGUAUGAGUAUGAACAGAGAGUUGAACUAUAAACAAGUUGUGACCUUAGUAUUAUAAGGUUGAAGAGCUAUUUUGAAAUAUGGGACGAAGUUUCUAGCAUUUCUAGAGUAAAUAAAUAGUCCAUAAAUUUACAUCUCAAUGAGGCCUAAACUUCAAGGUGUAUAAUAUUGCAGGUUUUUCAGGUCUUGAGCUUGUACGUUGAAGACGGCCCCUACAAAAUUACUUGAAAUACAUUCAUUCAUUCAGCAUCAGUAGCUGCUUGUUCCUGGUCGUGAGGGAACACCAAGUAUCAGGAUGGACUACACCCUGGAUGGGAUGCUAGUCCGUUGCAAGGCACCAUGUACACAUACCAACACAAUGAUUCACAUCGAUGGACAUUUUAAGGUCACUGAUCCACCGUCACUGUGGUUUUGGGAGAUGAAAGGAAACUGGAGAACCAGGAGGAAACCCACAUGGACCCAGGGAGAUCAUGCACAAAAACUCCACACAAACAGUAACCUGAGCUCGAAGCAAGAACACUGAAAGUACAUUUUUUACCAGACCAUAGCUAUAUAUUGGCUCUGGCCACUUGUGUUUGUUCAUCCUGGAUAAUGACUGACUGGCUUGCAGACAGAACCUUAUAAAAUCUUGGAGAAAGAACUUUAAAUUUUUUGAAAUAUUAAAAAAAAUGCAAGAGGAAAAAAAAGAAAAGUGGAAGAAUAAAGUAGUUUGACAUUUAUGUGGUUCACUCAUUUAACACCGAAAUUCAAGAUAGAAUCUUAUAAUACUGAGGUCAUGUUGUCUAGAAAUGCUCUUUCCAUUAAAACAGUUUGUAGUAUGCUAUAAUGUCAUACCAGAAAUGACAGAAAUUAAGACCACCUGUUAACUUUUUGCUGUAAUUCUUCUCAAUGUUGUGUCUUGACAACUCAUUAACAUCAUGAAAAAUGGACUUUGGUUUUGUAGAAUGUAAACUUUUCCGAGUGCUGUUCUGUAAACUUCUCUGUAUGUUUGAAAUGCUGUCCCCUUCUUAGAAUAAAGUGAAAUAGCUUUCA